AUGGAAUCCGAAGUCACGGUCCCCUCUGUCCACGCCUUUGUCCAGAGGUGCCGCCGCACCUGGAGGAAGGCUAGAGGGUCUAUCCUCCAGGUGGGGUCACGCACCAAGGCCCAGGCCGAUCGCCACCGGUCAAAGCCUCCCAUCUACGUCGUUGGUCAAAAAGUGUGGCUUUCAUCCAAGAAUGUUCCUCUCCAUACCCCGCUCGGGGCGGUGAUUCCCGCCACGAAAGUUGAGAUCACCGUGUCGUGCAGAAACCUCUUGGACAGAGACACCUUCUCAAAAUCUGAUCCAAUUUGUGUGCUGUACACUCAGACUGUGGCGUACAGGGAGUGGAGAGAGUUUGGCAGGACAGAAGUCAUCGAUAACACGCUGAAUCCAGACUUUGUGCACAAAUUCAUGCUCGAUUACUUCUUUGAAGAGAGACAAAAUUUGCGCUUUGACCUGUAUGACCUCGACUCAAAGAGUGAAAACCUGUCCAAACAUGACUUCCUGGGCCAGAUGUACUGUACUCUCGGAGAGUUGGUGGGCUCUCAGGGUAGUCGUAUGGAAAGAUCGCUUGUAGGCAUUCCUGGGAAGAAUUGUGGAACUAUUAUUGUGAAAGCUGAAGAACUUGGAAAUUGCAGGGAGUCAGUAUUGAUGCAGUUUUGUGGCAACAAACUGGACAAGAAAGAUUUCUUUGGAAAGUCAGACCCUUUCCUGAUCUUUUACCGUAGCAAUGAAGAUGGAACAUUUACCAUCUGUCAUAAGACAGAGGUGGUGAAAAACACGUUGGACCCUGUAUGGCAGGCCUUUAAGAUCCCAGUCAGAGCACUGUGUAAUGGGGACUAUGACAGAGCAAUAAAAAUCGAGGUGUAUGACUGGGACAGAGAUGGAGGUCAUGACUACAUCGGCGAGUUCAGCACCAGCUACAGGGAGCUCUCUAAAGGCCACUCUCAGUUUACUGUGUGGGAGGUGCUGAACCCCAAGAAAAAGAAAAAGAAGAAGAAAUAUCUAAACUCAGGAACCGUCACUCUCCUGUCCUGCUUCAUUGAUGUCGAGGUUACGUUCCUGGACUACAUCAAAGGAGGCACUCAAAUUAAUUUCACAGUGGCCAUUGAUUUUACUGCAUCAAACGGCAACCCUUCCCAGCCUACCUCUCUACACUACAUGAGCCCGUAUCAUCUGAAUGCGUAUGCACUGGCCCUCAGAGCCGUGGGGGAGAUUAUUCAGGACUAUGACAGUGAUAAGCUGUUCCCUGCACUGGGGUUUGGUGCAAAACUGCCACCCGAUGGCCACGUGUCUCACGAAUUCCCACUGAACGGGAACCCAGAAAAUCCAUAUUGCAGUGGGAUAGAGGGUGUUCUAGAGGCGUAUUAUCAGAGUCUGAAGUCUGUUCGUCUGUAUGGACCAACAUACUUCUCACCUGUCAUUAAUCAUGUAGCAAGAUAUGCGUCAUUAGUAAAGGAUGGAUCUGAAUACUUCAUCCUCCUCAUCAUCUCUGAUGGGGUCAUCUCAGACAUGGCUCAGACGAAAGAAUCCAUUGUAAAUGCCUCCAGUCUUCCCAUGUCAAUUAUCAUCGUUGGAGUCGGGCCGGCUGAGUUUGACGAGAUGAUUGAACUAGAUGGAGAUGAGGUCAGGAUAUCAUCCAGGGGUCGCUUCGCGGAGAGAGACAUUGUGCAGUUCGUUCCUUUCCGAGACUACAUCGAUCGCAGAGGGAAUCACAUCCUCAGCAUGGCUCGUCUGGCCAAAGACGUUCUUGCAGAAAUCCCGGAUCAGUUCCUCCAGUACAUGAGGAGCAGAGGCAUCAAACCCCAGCACUCGUCCCACUCCAGCUCCUCCAAACCCCCGUCCACACUCGUCCAGCCACUGCAGACGCAGAUCUGAGUCAUCGCUCAAACUGUACGUCCUCUCUUCGGUUCACUGUCACUCUCAGGAUCACACACGGCCUGUCUGAGUGAAACGCUGCCCUUCUGCACGCUGUCUUUCAGUACGUAGGGUGACGUUAGGGAGCUUUACGCGUGGCGCUGUCCUUCCUCGGGCACGCUGAGGUUUUAGGGGGUGUUUCAGACUGUUUUAAAGUAUCGCGUGGCCUCUUCAGUCAAACAUCAGAUAUGACUUCACAGUCUCUGUCUCACAUACUAUCUCCUGUUCUCAUGUCUGACGAACUACUGCAGACGUUUACAAUUGUACCGUUUUUUACAAAUGGAUGUUUUUUUGUACCUCAUGAAAACUCUGAGCUGCUUAACAAUGAAAUUUACUCAUUUUAUUACAUGACGUUGUAAAUAGAGCGAGUGUGAUUUUAGAAAAAGCAUGAAUCCACUCUCAGUACAAACGUGAGAGAAACGUUCACGCAGAUGUGCGAGGCCUUGGUUUUCAUUUUGUUGUACAGUGUUCGCUUUGAAUUAUUUUACUAUAUCAGUAUUCCGUGUUCUUGGUCAUUUGACUGUCUCAAACUGUAAAGAAUUUGUGCUUAGCUUUCGCGGCACUAGCACAGAACAGAAGUUUAACAGGAAAAGCCUUACUCUCCGUUAAAGGAACAGUUCACCCAAAAUGAAAAAUUUUGCAUUAUUUACUGAACCUCAAGAAAUUCCAGACAUGUAUGAUUCUG